AUGUGCAGGUUGAAGAUGCUGUGUCCUGCGUGGUUAUUGGCUGUGGCCAUGUUGGGCGUGGUCAGAGGGGUGAAAGGUCAAUGCUGGGAGAACCCUCGCUGUCAAGACCUCAGCUCUGAAAACAACUUCCUGGUGAGCUAGAAAUGUUGCAAAGAAAGAGCAGAAUGUUUUCCAAAUGUUGUAAGCUCAAGUAUGUAAGAGAGCGGUUACAACUGAGAGUGUUAUUUUACUGUUACCCAUCUAACCUCUCCUCUCCUCUCCUCUCCUCUCCUCUCCUCUCCUCUCUCCUCUCCUCUCCUCUCCUCUCCUCUCCUCUCCUCUCCUCUCCUCUCCUCUCCUCUUCCUCUCCUCUCCUCUCCUCUCCGCUCUUCUCUCCCUCCUCCUAUCCUCCUCCCAGGAGUGUAUCCAGCUCUGUCGUUCUGACCUCACUGCCAAAUCUCCCAUCUUCCCUGGCAAGGUGCAUCUCCAAUCCCCUUUCCCCUCCGACCCUGACUCUCCUCUCCCCUCCUCCCCUCUGUCCCUCCUCUCACCACCCUCCCCCCUGUCCCCCUCGGAGCAGCAGAACAGCGUGUCCCCCCAGGCCAAGCGUUCCUACUCAAUGGAACACUUCCGCUGGGGAAAGCCUGUGGGCCGUAAGCGCCGCCCGGUGAAGGUCUACACCAACGGUGUGGAGGAGGAGUCCUCCGAGGCCUACCCCAGCGAGAUGAGACGAGAGCUGGAGGCUGGGGCUGCGGAGGGGGGCGAGGCAGAGGGCCUGGGGGGCGAGGCAGAGGGCCUGGGGGGUGAGGCAGAGGGCCUGGGGGGGGUGUUUAGUCUUCAGGAGAAGAAAGACGGCUCGUACAAGAUGAACCACUUCCGCUGGAGCGGACCACCUGCCAGUAAGCGCUAUGGAGGGUUCAUGAAAAGCUGGGACGAGCGCAGUCAGAAACCACUGCUCACGCUGUUCAAAAACAUUAUCAUCAAAGAUGGACAGCAGAAGAGAGAGCAGUGA